AAGUUAAUCUGACGUCUGGAAGCUAGUGGAAAUAACGUUGAUAUAUUCCGUGGAACAUAUCAAGAUCUACGCUUCCGCUACAAUCUCGCGUAGUUGCUACGCUCGACCAGUGACGUAGCCUGACGUAUGGCUGACAGAAGCUACGUGUACGAGCCGGUCUCCAUCGAAGCGCCAGUCAAGACGCAAGCGCACAGCAUGGAGCAGGGCCAAUUGUGGAGACAGUACAUCAUAGCCGGCGUGGCAAACAUCGGUAUUAUGGCUACUGGUUUCGCUUUGGGGUGGACUUCGCCGGUGAACUUGAAGCUCUUGCAUCCUGACGACACGCCCUUGUCGCGACCCGUCACCAACGACGAAAUAUCAUGGAUCGGAUCCCUUAUAUCCAUCGGAGCUAUGUUCGGUCCGUUCAUCGGAGGUUUCCUGGCAUCAAAAGUCGGUCGUCGAUGGGGUAUUCUUCUGUCAUCGGUUCCACUCAUAGUCGGUUUUAUUUUGAUGAUAGCCGUUCAAAAUGUUGGAAUGAUUUACGCUGGCAGAGUUUUCUGGGGUCUAGCAGUCGGGAUACUUUACACAGUCUCGCCGAUGUAUUGCGCUGAGAUCGCCACGGACGAUAAGCGGGGCGCCCUGGGGUCAUUCCUUCAGCUGUUCGUGGUUUUUGGCUUACUGCUGGUGUACGGAGUGGGACCAUUCGUCUCCUAUUUCGCGCUGCAGUAUGUCGGGAUAGCUGUAGUCGCUGUCUUCUGCGUGCUGUUCUUCUUCAUGCCCGAAACCCCGAUGUAUUAUUUGAACAAAGAUGACAUAGACUCUGCUGCUAAAAGUCUGCAGUUCAUCAGAGGAAAAUCCCGAGCCGGAGUGCAGGCUGAGCUAGACAAGAUGGCCGCCGAAGUAACUACUGCGAACGAGAAAACCGCUAACUUAUCGGACGUGUUCCGCGGCGCCAACUUCAAAGCCUUCUACAUCGUGUGCAUCCUCGUGGCCGUGCAGCAGUUCUCCGGCAUCAACGUCGUGCUGUUCUACAUGGCGACCAUUUUUGAAGCAGCCGGGGCCAGUCUGGACUCCGCCAUCGCGACAAUCAUUAUCGGCGCAGUGCAGGUCGGUGCUUCAGCCAUCACGCCCCUGGUGGUGGACAGACUCGGACGCAGGAUGCUGCUCCUCAUCUCCUGCACCGGAACAACUGUUGGACUCGGACUGCUUGGCGUCUACUUCAUAUUGGACACUAAUGGCAGCCCAGUAGUCGACAACAUGAGGUUCUUGCCUAUCCUAGCCCUAGUGCUGUUCAUCGUGACGUACUGCGUGGGUCUAGGUCCUCUGCCGUGGGCUAUCAUGGGAGAACUCUUGCCGAUUGAGGUGAAGGCGUUGGCUUCUCCGAUAGCUACUGCCUUCUGCUGGAUGGUGUCUUUCUUGGUCACUAGAUAUUUCAACCCGAUAGCUGAUGCAGUCGGUAUGGGCGUGGCGUUCCUCAUCUUCGGAGUUUGCUGUAUAAUAGCGUUCUUCUUCACAUUCUUCGUGGUUCCGGAGACGAAGGGCAAGAGCUUCCAGGAGAUCCAGGAAAUGCUGGCGGGAAAAACCCCGCCGUCGAAAUCGGAAAAAGUAUAAACGGAAAUAUAUGUAUUUUAAAAUCUACCUCAAACUCCACAGGGACAAUGCUAUCUAUCCAAGUUUCGAUCAAAAAUUUAGUAAAUAUUUGUAAUCAAAACUCAGAUAUAGUGUAAUACUUAUCAUUACACUCUAAUUUUAUUGAUAUCUAGUUGCAAUUAAAAAAUGUCUUCCAGAAUUUAUUUGUUAAAAACUUUCAUGAAGAAAACCUUAUAAAAACUAUUAUUUGACGGGUUCUGACAAAGAUUUUUAGUUUUGAUUAGUUCUCUUUAAUACUUAAUGAAGAUAGUAUUUAUAACGCUGAUUAUAAAGAAACUAAAAAUCCUUUUAAAAAAAAAACUGAUGCUUUAGCUUGAAAAAUAUCAUAACGAAAAAACCCACGACAAAAAAACGUGGGGCUGCCAGCACCUAAAACCAACGCGAAAUAUUUAAUUAAUUUUAGUAAUUAUAAGUAAGUUAUAUGUAAUUUAGUUUAAUUAUAAGUUAUCAUUGGAAUGUAUCAUUAAACAUUAAUCGUAAAUCACUUUAUAACUUUACUGGUGGAAGGACCUCUUAUGAGUCCGCACGGGUAGGUACCACCAUUCUGCCUAUUUCUGUCGUGAAGCAGUAAUGCGUUUCGGUUUGAAGGGCGGGGCAGGCGUUGUAACUAUACUGAGACCUUAGAACUUAUAUCUCAAGGUGGAUGGCGGCAUUUACGUUGUAGAUGUCUAUGGGUUCCGGUAACCACUUAACACCAGGUUGGCUGUGAGCUCGUACACCCAUCUACGCAACAAAAUAAUAAUAAUAAUAAUUCGUCUCAACAAAAAGUCGGUGGUGGCCCAAAUACAAAAAGCAGUCUUGCUCGACAAUGCCCGUAUAGUUCGCCGGUUUCUCUCCCAAUAGUCCCUAACGCUCCGGCCGAUUGUUGCCCACCUCGCCGGAGUGUGUCCUGCCGUCUUCCCAGGCGUGGCAGUGUUUAAUACAUAAUAAUUCUAUAUAUGUGCUAUUUUUUUUGGAAUUUUAAGUUGAAAAAUCACGAUUUCAAUUCGUUCCUCUUGACUGCGCAAUUACGAGUAGUAAUAAUUCAUGACAUUUCUUCAUUAAUACAUAAUACAGACUGCCAGAGAGGCUGACGGUUAAAAAAAUGGUUGUAGUACAUAAUGGCAGCCAGAGCAUUAUAAAAGUGCCCAUUAUUUAUUCUCAAGCCAUAGUUAUAAGUGAGAUGUAAUUUUUUAAUAGGAUUUACACUAAUGUUAGUUAUGUGUUUUAAAAUUUUAUAAACAACAAAAAAACUGUCGAAACAUUCCAUUGUUUAAAAAAAAAAGACAAUUUAAGAAAAGCGGGAGCUCAAAGAGGUUACAUAGAUAAAACUUAUUUUUAAACUGUUUUGAAUUAUUUAUUUGAGUUAUCUAUAUAUUAAUACGUGAAGCAAAAACUUUGUAUCCCUUUUUACGAAAAUUGCGCGGACGGAGGAGUAUGAAAUUUUCCACACUUUUAGAGAAUAUAGAGAAGAAGUGCACAAUGCUACUUUUUUUUUUAAAUAAUGCAUAAAAGAUACAUUAAAUCAAUAAAGAAAACAUUACACACACUACAUACCAUGUACUUGACGCACACACGCAUACAUACUAUUUAUUGUCAAACUUUUGUUCUUGACGUCUGUGGUCAAAUUGAGAAUAGAUUAAAUAUUGUUUAUCUUUAUUAAUAUUUUUUUAUAGUGUAGUCUUGGCGAAAUUUGUGAUUAUAAAAGUAUAAAACACAAUCAUAAUAGUGUACAAACUUACAAUUCCAAUUAAUUAUAGUCGAAUUUCGACUACUGCGGGACCUCUAGUAGAUUUAAAUAGGUUGUGUUUUAGUUUGAUUUGUAGAUAUAAAUGACCAAAGAGAAUUGAAUACACAUUAGCUCUAAGGCAGUACAUUCCCUUAGCUCUGAGCUCAAAGUUAUAAGAACAGAGAAGAGUGCAAUUUACAAAUGAAAUUAAGUGAUUGGUAUUGUUGUUGAGGCUAAUUGUAACUAUAAGUAUUUUUGAAUGUUUAAUUGUCUAUAUUAAGUAUAUAUUUUUGCAAAUAAAUGUUGUUUUACAAA